GAGGGGCUGGAAACGUCCCUGGCCUCUGGGGGCCGUUGCUUUUUCUCUUGCCGCCGACGGUCCUCGAGUGAGCGGCCGGCGCGGCCUUCCGCGUGGGCAGCGCUGACGGCGGGGAGGCGGCCCGGGUUGUUGAAAGCACGUUUCUGGUUGAGUUGGUUUGCAGUGUCACUUCGAAGACUACUCUGCUUUAUUCGCAGUUACCUGGCCCACAGCCACCUUUGGUCAUACUCUAAUGUGAGCCUUUACAUGAUGGCAGAACCACUUAAUCUUCAACAUAAUGAAGUUACAGAUGGAGAUUUAAGCAACAGGGUCACAGGAAGUUCUAUGGAAGACAAAACUGGUAGAGAGAACUGCAUAGCUGCAGCUGAUAAAGGAAAUACUGUGUCACAUUCUAAUUGGAUUAAUGGGAAGCCAAAGAAAUUGCAAUAUUCCUCUAAGAGUGCUUUUUCUAUUUGCUAUGAUAAGAGUUUCUUGAGUCUGUUAGUACCACCCCCUAAAGGGGGCACUUGCCAUCAUUGUGGUCUGUUUGGAAAGCUCAGAUGUUCACAGUGUCUGCAAACAUACUAUUGCUCUGCAGAUUGUCAGAAAAAAGAUUGGCCAGCACAUCGAGUAGUUUGUGAUCCCAUUAAACAGAAUUUAAGUAAUAGCAAAACCAAGACAGGAGUUUAUCUUAAGGAGGAAGUGAGGUUGAGUUUUGCUGUAGAUGUUGUUCUUCCAGAUUCUGAAGACUGCCUAAAUAAGGUUCCCUUAGAAAUGAAGUCGCAUUUAACUCCAGGAAGUGAUGCCAGAGGAGACUCUCCAAGAGUAUCAGAAAACCAUUCAAAGAGAAGUGAAAAAAAAUUACCUGAGGAUGAAGACUCUCCUCACUGUGCUAAUUCAAUUGCCAAGUUUGUCUCUUUAAGUAUCGGAGAUGAAUUUUCUGGUGUGGUUUCCCACAUUCAAAAUCCAGAGACCUUUUUUUGUCAGCGGAUGCAAAGUGCCCGUCAACUUGCUGAGCUUGAAGUGUCUCUUAAUGAAUACUGUGAACAAUUUCCCAGUAGUCCAUCUUUCCGUCCUGCUGCUGGCAAUGCGUGCUGUGCCCAGUUCACAGAAGACAACCUUUGGUAUCGUGCUGCUGUUAGAGCUUAUGCUUCUGAAGACACUGUUUUGGUGGACUAUAUGGAUUAUGGUAAUUCUGACUCUCUUCCACUGGCCAGACUUCGUCCUAUUAUUCCAAGCUUAAUGGACUUGCCAGCUCAAGCCAUAAGAUGUAGCCUGGCAGGUGUAAAGCCACCGUUAGGAACAUGGACCUCAGAAGGUAUUUCUUACAUGAAAAAGCUGGUGAAAGACAAAGUGUUGUCAGUAAAAGUAGUGGAUAAAGAGAGUUCUAGAUCUGUGGUGGAGCUUACAGAUGCAUCAGUUACUCCAGUAGUGAAUAUAUCGAGCCUUCUCGUCAAGGAAGGCUGUGCAGCUGAGGAACUGCGGAUGGCGUUACCAGCAGCCAGAGUGAGUGAUGUUGAGCAAGCCAAUGAGGACACAGCGAACAAAAGAAUGUGCCAGUGGGUUAAGUUAACUCUUAACCAAAUGCUUAGUGUCAUAGUGUGUACAGUGUACAAUCCUGGAGAAUUCUACUGUCAGAUUUCAAACAGCCAUGAGUUACUUGCUCUAAACUCACUUAACAAAUCAUUGUCUGAAUACUGUCAGAAAACUCCACCAGAUGUUUUUGAACCUAAGAAUGGAGACCCUUGCUGUGCUUUUUACUCUGAGGAUGGUAACUGGUACCGUGCUGUGGUGCAAAAUGUCACUUCAAAUGGAACUGUUCAAGUGAGCUUUGUGGACUAUGGAAAUACUGAGGAAGUACCACUGGAUAAUAUCCGACAGAUCUCGUCCUCAUUCCUAGAACUUCCAUUUCAAGCAGUUAAAUGCUGGCUCUCAGCAACCUCACUUGGGCACUGGAAGUCAAUUGAAUUGUCUGUAGAUGAAACCGUGUCUGUCUGGAUAACAGAAGUUGUAAGCCCAGACUUGUUCUAUGCUGUACCAGUCCAAAAUAGAGGUCAAAAGAAGCUCUUUAAGGAGCUGACUUCACUGGAAGACUAUUGUAGAUCUUGUAACAAACAGCCCUUCCAGCCAAAACUGGGCGAAGCCUGUUGUGCUCAAUUUUCAGGUAAUGGCAAUUGGUACAGAGCUGUUGUUCUGGAAGCUUCUCAGUCGGCAGUGAAAGUACUGUAUGGAGACUAUGGAAACACAGAAACUUUACCCCUUUCAAAGGUGCUGCCAAUCACUGAUUCCUAUUUAAAGCUGCCUUUUCAGACAAUUACAUGUUCACUUGCAGGAAUAGAGAAAGCUGAGUGGUCUCCAUUAGUGCUUGGCAAGUUGAAAAAACUAUUAUUGAAGCAAUGCGUCACAAUUACAGUGAAAGGGAUUAAUGGAAAUGUUAAUUUAGUAACAGUGGAGAAACAUUCUGACAAUGGUUCUUUGAAUAUAGCUGACAAACUUCUAAAGGAGGGUUUGGUCAAACCCUGCAGUGCUGAAAACUUGCAUAGUGAACAUCAAGGUAAUGGAGGCGAGACCAACUGCUGCUGCAUGGAAUUAAAAGUGCAACUUGAAAAGCAUAAACAAGUCCUACUCUUCCUUCUAAACAAGUUUGGGAAUCCAGAUGGAUUCACUGAAAUGAAAAAACUGUUAAAACACUAAGUCUCUGACAUGCACUAUUUCAUUUGCAUGUCCACCAAGUUGCUCCCCUUCCUUUUUUAGAAGAUCAAGAGCUUCAGCUUAAAAAAUGAGGGCCACUUCGUGGAAAUUCUGCUGUUUAAGUACCUGCAUGUAUCUGUAUGCUUGGAUUGUUAGUGUGACACAAAUAUGUAACUUAGUGGCUUGUAAAGCUGCAAGCUAAAUUUUCUGUUCUGUUCUUGGUUUAUGCCACCAUGUGCUGCUAAAGUUUUUGCUUUUAUUUUCCUGUUGAAUGCACACAAGUUUAUGGAAUGGCCAUUACAUUGUGAGUCUAUUCUGCAGACUUGCAUUUGAAAUUAUUGUAAGGCUCACUUAACUUGGUACCAUUAAUAUGACUUGGAAAACUGUAUCUCUUUUGAUUACUAGCCUUUCAGCCUAAUUUCUGGUCUGAAGUUAGACCGAGAUUUGUUCUUCAUAAACAUGAUUUCAGUUUCAUUAAAGGUUGUAUGUUGGCUUGGACUGCCUACAGGUAAUUCUCUCUAAAAUCAGUAAACACUUUAAUGUGCAGCUCAUUUUUUGCACUUAUGCCGUAUAAUAUGCAUCUGUGAAUAUUAUUUUGAAGCUAAUUGUAUUGAAGCUGUUUUGUGUGUAGCUAUGUCAUCAGGAUUUCUACCCCAUCAAGUUUUUCACAUCAUAAUAGAAAAUUGACAUUCUGGGAUAUGACAAAAAUACUGAAUCAAAUUAUUAUCAGAUUUUCAGUAUUUCUUCAGUUGAAUACCUAGUUAUCAUUUCUCACUAAUUCAGGAAUGUCAGAUUAUUAUUUGUGGAACACAGUAGACAUUUGCUGAUUGAAACUGCAGGGUCAGCCUUUUUGUCCACUUAUAUAUACUUCAAGUUUGGGCUUUUGCAGAUGGGAAGAAUCUUGAGAUUAAAAUUGUUGCAAAAUA